UUCCUGACAUACCCCCCAAAGAACUGCAAUUAUGCUGGAGAGGCUGCAGAAGCACUGAGCUGUUCUUUCCCAGUUCUUUUGAUUUUUGUUGCCUUUCCAUGAGUUCCUGUCCUGUUUAGAGCCGUGUCUUUUUACUUUUUAUUUGUAGCGUGCGUGGUUCUGAGGAUAUUAGAAAAAUGUGCUGAAGGUUCACUGUGAGGCGUGGCUAUUUUUGUUAGAAGCUGAUACUUUAGACUGAGCUUUGAGUGGUGCCUCUGGAAGACCUUGGGUUGCUGUGAGAGGGCAGGAUUCUGCAGAGGAAAAAGACAUUUCAGAGGGGCACAAAAGAAGAAAGAACACAAUUAGACAAAGCAGAGGACCUCCCUCCUUCUCAUUCUGCAGCUCCUGCAAGAGCCAGCAACCCAGAAGUACAGUCUAAGCUGCCACAGUAGAUCUUGACCAUUUUAACAGAGUAUCUCUUACCAUCAUCAUGGCCGAGAUUACAGCAGAAGGACAUAUGUCUACAACUACAACAAUAAUAGAUGGUAAGAAUGGAUCCGUUCCUUCAUCAUCCAUGAAAGUGGGCAAGAAAUCAGUUACAGAAGACCUCGUGACAACAUUCAGCUCACCAGCAGCAUGGCUUCUCGUUGUCGCUCUGAUUAUUACCUGGUCAGCAGUAGCUAUUGUAAUGUUUGACUUGGUGGAUUACAAAGACUUGGCAGCUAUAGACACCUAUUCACAACAUUGCGAUGAUCCCUGUUUACCACCUGGAAGAUCUGUUAACAAGCUCAGCACGGAACCACUGAGAAUCAUUCAUGAGACACUGGAAGAAUCUGCUGAUUGGAUUUAUGGCUUUUUUUCUUUACUGUCUGAUAUCGUAUGGAGUGAUGAUGAUGAUGACAGUGAUGAAGGUGAAGUGGAACCUUCCAUGAAAAAAGAAAUUCAAGAAGAGAAAACGGAGAGACACGAAAAACGAACACCAACAAAGGCAAUUCACAGAGAUAAACCUGAAAAACAAGAAAAAACUGAGAGGAAGGAACCUCUAAAGGUGACACAAAAAGACAAACUGGAAAGACAAGAAAAACUUGAAAAAAAGGAAAGGCAUGCAGCUAUUCACAGAGACAAACCUGAAAAGCCAGAAAAACCUGAAAAGAAAACACCUUCUAAAGUAACUCAAAAAGACAAACCUGAAAGACAUGAAAAAGCUGAAAAGAAACCUCCUCCUCCUAAAGAGGAGAAGAAAGUAAAGAGCACUAAAGUGGAAGCAAAACUUAAAAAGGAAGUGAAGGAUGGAAAAGGAGAAACAAAGGCGGCUGAGAAGGUCAAGCAGGCAGAGAUUAAACCAACAGAAACUGGGCUAAUAAAGGCCAAAACGAAAGUUAAGGAAGAGAAAGCUCUUCAGACUGUAACUAAAUCGGACAAGAAAGAUCAAUAUGCGUUCUGUCGCUAUGUGAUUGACAUGUUUGCGCAAGGGGAUUUUUAUCCAGGACAUAAGGAAUUUGUACCACCUCGUCUUCUUCUAGAACACAGUCCAAGAAAGAAACCAGCAGCUGUUGACGAAGAAAAGUCUAUUGUGGUACCUAGAGAAGUGAAAAAGAGAAAAGAGGAAAAGAAGAAGACUGAUGAAAAAAGGAGUAGGACUGAAACAAAGAUGAAAGAAAAAACAGGAAAAAAAGAGAAAACUCAUGAGAAGACAGCUGUCCCUGAAAUUAAAAAAGCAGAUAAAAAAGAAGCUGCUGUGUCCAAAGAACUCAAAAAGCCAGCAAAAGCUCCUGCAGCCAAUCCAGCUAUCAAAAAAGCAGCAGCACCAGAACCACACAAGAAAGAAAAAACGAUGGAAUCUGCCAAAACAGCAAAGAGAGAAGUAAAAGUACAUGCAUCUGUGCAAAAUCCGAAGUUAAAAGGACCUGAAAAGAAGGAAGUAAAAGCAACAAAGGCAACAGAGCAAGAUAAACCAAAGAUGAAACAUGGAAAUCCUGGAAAAGAGAAAGAAUUGAAAUCUCCAGCAGCUACAAAAGAUAAAGUUAUUAUUUUUACAGCACAUGCUAAAGAAAAGGAAGAAAAGAAUCCUACAUUUUUAAAAGAAAAAGAUUCUCUGAAAGGAAAAAAUCCCAAGAAUCCAGAGAGUUCAAGGGAAAAAGAGACCAGUAAAAGAAAAGAUGUGAAGCCUCCAGCAGCCUUAAAAGAAAAGGACUCUUCAAAAGGAAAAGAUAUUAAGGCUUCAAGUAAUACUAAGGAAAAAGUUGCAGUGAAAAAGGAGGGGGAGAAGAAAGCUACCUCAGAGAAACCUCAUGAACACAAGCAUGAACAUGUUAAACAUGAAAAAGCUAUCUCUCAGAGUAAGCCAGAGGAGAAAAUGAAACAACAAAAGACAACUCCCACUGUGAAAUCAGAGCAUGAAGCAGUCAGACAUCAAAAAGAUGUUCCACGAACAAAACCAGUCAAACCAAAAACCACUGCAAAGCCAACAGCUGAAAUCCCAACAGCAGCCACAAAAAAACCAAAACCAAAGACAACUAAGGAGAAAGAAGAAAAACCAACUGAGAAGAAACAGCUGAAAAAUGAAAAAAACAAAGGUGCCCCACCAGUAAAAGAAGCCCCACGACAUCAAAACCUGACAUCAGCUCCUGUUCGCUACUUUCAAUGUGUCUUCCUAAAUGGACCUAAUGGAUUUGGGCUGCAAUUUCCCACUAAUCCCCCUUCAAACAAGGAAGAAAAGACUCACUCAAAGACUUCCAAGAGAAAGACAAGGAAACCGGGGCAGUAGAGAGACUGAGUCCUGUGAUCACUGAUAUUUUGCACUUUAUCUUUUCUGCUGAGGUCCACAGUAGCUACAAUGGUACUUAUCAUUGCAAGAAUGUGAUCCACUUGCACACAUGUACCUGUAUAAAAUUCCCAUAGGGCAGAAGCAGAACAAGCAGUAGUGAACUGUGUUUAACAAAAAGAAAUGUAAAAGUGCCCCGUUUCUCAUGGAAAGGCUGCAAUGCUAACAAAGCAUUGACAUGACUGUGUGUGUGAGCAUGUGUGUGUGUUUUCCUGCCUCUUUUGCUCUUCUUGUUUUUCUUUACCUACAUGCUCAGCAUUGAAGUGAGUCUGUUUUCCAUUUAAUCUUAUCUAAGCAGAGAAAUGUUGAAUGUAGCUCUUAUAUCAGCAAGAUUGCAAGGCUUCCUGCAAUCCUAAAUCAUUUCUUCUUAAAGUUCAAUCAAACUGCUGACAGGAAAAAAACCUCACUAAGUCGUGAAAAUGUGCUCAGUGACUGGUUCUAUUUUUAUGUCUCAUUGACCAGUGUAGCCUAAAGCUCACAUUUACUUGGAACAGCUCAACAUACUACCAGUAAGUUGACUCCCCAAGUCAUGUUAAUGAUGAAUAUUUCUAUUUAACUUAAAGCUGUAAAGGCAUGGACUGUUUGCCCUGCCUGUUGGUGAAAUACAAACUCAUCUCCUUUUAAAGCCCAAAGUGAGAAGAGAAAGUGAAACCACAUGGCAACUUUCAUGUUUUACCAACAUGAAAGUCCCCAGAAACUAAUGAAAUAGUUAUAGUGCUUCUAGUUUUCUUCUGCGGCUAAAUCAGACUGACUUGCAGUGCAAACCUUGUAAAUGGAGAAUAUACCAGCCAACUGUUGGCUAUUAGCAUAAGUCAGAUGAAAAGCUAGGAUGUGAGAUGCCAUUCAUGAAACUAAGGCAACCCAAAUUUCCAAUAAGUAAGCAUGCGAAUUUGAUGAUAUCUCAGAUCAGUGAACAAAAAAAAGGACAACAAAAAAGCAAAACCAAAACCAAAACAGACAAACAAUCAGAAAACAGAAACAGGAACACAUGAAAUAAUCCAGGUAGCUCAUUUUACUAGAUUAAAUGAAAGGGCUUCCUCAGCACAGUACUGUAGAUAAGUUACAGAACUGAAAGAUAUGCCAGUUCUCAACCUUCUUUUGUGCCUUUAUGUAGAAAUAAUGAACUUAUUGCCUUAAGAGACAAGAUAGCAUUCGAUCCGUGUAAAGGCACAUGACUGAAAAUUGGCAUCUCGCCUGUCUGUGUCUGGCAUUGUAAAUAAUCAUGCAUUUUUGCAAGCUGCUAUUUGUUUGUAUUUCUUUACUAUAUUUUUGCAUUUAAUCUGGGAAAUACGAAGCAGUGAUCUUAGUUAUAUAGUUUUUUGGUGAAGCAGCAUGUUUCUCUUUGUACAACCUGACUACUUGUGGAGUCUGAACACACCAAAAACUAUAUACUAUUUUUUAUUUUUAGUGUAGUUGAAGAUAACAUUAGCUCUUUCCCUCAUUCCCUUUCCCUGCCCAUCCAUUCUUACCUUCAUCAAAUAAUUGACUCACGUGAGUUUUGGGCAACUGAUUCUUUGACAGAUUAGUGCAAUUCAGAAAGCUUUGCUGUUACACUGCUGGGUCAGGUUAGUACUCCAUGACUACUGGUCAUGGCCUUACAUGAACCAGGUUUUUGGUCUUAGUGCGCUCUGAUAUUGCACAGGUCCUGUGCUGCAAAAACUGUUAUUGCAACAAGCAGUUUAGGCAGUGGUGCGCAGAAAGAGGUAGGAACAGCUAGGAGUAGCUCCUCCCAUGUAGGACCACAGUGCAGAUAAGUGUUCAUGGUGAAUGCCCUCAAAGUCCUCUGUGAAAUCUUCUCUGGAUAUAGUGCUGCCAACAGAGCACAUGAUAAUCUUUAAUUUUCUUUCAAUGUCUCUUUUUUAUAUUUCCAGUUACUUUUCCCUUCCCAGUUUGUGAUUUUGUAUGUAUUAUUAUGGAUGUUAUUGCCUUAGGUUUUUACUGUCAAAGCUAUCUCAAAAUUGACAUUAUAACUUCCUGAAAAAUCAAUUAAUUGAAGAUUUUAUCUAAUGCAAAUAAUCAGCACAACAUUUUAAUAUACCAUAAGCCUUUAUUUUUUUUCAGUUUCUUUUGGCAAAAUAAUUUUUUCUCAUUAUAGUUAGCCUUAAUCCUUUCUUCCUAUCUGAGAGGGGAGAUGACAAGAAUUUGUUCCAGAUCUCAUUUCCAUAAUGUUUCAAUUAGCUAUCUGAAAGCUUUGGAAAUAUAAACAAUUAGUGUAAUUGAAUAAGGGAUAUAAAAUCAGUCAUUUACUGUUGUUUCACAAUCUUAGUCACUGCCUCAAAAAAAUGGAGAAACAGGUCUACUCUCAAAGUGGGAAGCAUUUUUCUCUUUAAAUUCACCUGUAAAAUUAAAAAAAAAUACUUGAUUUGCAUGGUUUUACUCAAAUUAGCCUGAAAUAUUGCAAAAUCAUAUGCUGAUUGUUAUACAUUUUGGAAAAUAAAAAAUAUAAACCUUG